AGUUGGCAUGCGGUAUGGCUGACGCCGGUUUCGCCCGUCUGCCGCUGCCUCCCUCCAGCCCUCAGAGCCAUGGCGUUGCUUUAUAUAUGGAUGGCCAGGGCCGGCCUGGGUGCGGUUGUGCCUCAUUUGACUGUCUCUCUUCUGCUCAAUUAGGCUUCAGGUGAAAAGCAGUAGAAGUCAAUAUGUCGUCUCUCUAUGCUGCCACUUACAAUGGCACCACCGAGGCGGGGUGUGAUUCUCUAAAUGAUAACUGCAACAUCUACUAUGAGACCGGCGAUAUUGCCUGGGUGCUUACCUCUGCCGCCCUCGUUCUCCUCAUGAUUCCGGGUGUCGGAUUCUUCUAUUCUGGCCUCGCCCGCCGCAAGUCCGCCCUCUCUCUCAUCUGGCUCUCCCUGAUGUCUGUCGGCGUCGUCUCCUUUCAAUGGUUCUUCUGGGGUUAUUCCUUGACCUUCUCCCACAAUGCCGGUAAAUACAUUGGGGAUCUUCGAAACAUUGGUUUUAGGAACGUGUUGGGAGCGCCGAGUGUGGGAAGCUCGAGGAUUCCGGAUCUGGUGUUUGCUAUAUACCAGGGCAUGUUCGCUGCCAUCACUCCCGCACUCGCUAUUGGCGCUGCAGCAGAGAGAGGCCGCAUGCUUCCCUGCAUAGUCUUCAUGUUCAUCUGGUCGACCAUCAUCUAUGACCCUAUUGCAUGCUGGACGUGGAACCCUGCGGGAUGGGUAUUUAAGAUGGGCGGUCUCGAUUUCGCCGGUGGAACGCCUGUACACAUCUCUUCCGGCGCUGCAGCCCUCGCCUACUCCAUCAUGCUGGGCAAGCGGUCCGGCUACAGCGAUACCCAUGGUCUCCCAUACCGACCCCACAACGUGACACACGUCGUCCUGGGAACUGUUUUCCUCUGGGUUGGGUGGUUUGGCUUCAACGGUGGCUCUGCACUUUCUGGCAACUUGCGCGCGGCCAUGGCAUGCGUCGUGACGAACCUUGCUGCGUCUGUUGCGGGCGUGACUUGGGUUCUCCUCGAUUACCGACUCGAGAAGAAAUGGUCCACUGUCGGAUUCUGCUCUGGUGCCAUCUCUGGUCUCGUCGCGAUCACGCCCGCAUCCGGAUUCGUCCCCGCGUGGUCCGCGGUGAUAUUUGGAGUCGUGGGUGCGGCAGCAUGCAACUAUGCGACAAAGUUGAAGUUCCUGCUCCGGGUUGAUGAUUCGCUGGAUAUUUUCGCAGAGCACGCCGUUGGUGGUAUUGUGGGGAAUCUUCUGACUGGUCUCUUCGCUGCCGAUUACAUAGCGCACCUCGACGGCGCGACUACCAUCCCCGGCGGCUGGCUCAACCACCACUAUAUCCAGCUGGCUUACCAACUGGCCGACUGUGUUAGCGGCUUUGCUUACUCCUUCGGCGGCACCUGUAUCAUUCUCUUCAUAAUGAACCUGAUCCCCGGCCUGUCGCUCCGCGCAUCAGAGCAGGAGGAAGCCCUCGGCAUUGAUGACGCCCAGCUGGGCGAGUUCGCAUAUGAUUAUGUGGAGUUGCGUCGCGACUACUCAGAUGUAAUCAUUGGCGAGGAGACAGGUAACAAGGAGAGUCAGGGCAGUGCGGAUGGUGGCCAGAAGGCUUAGAUAGUCCAUAUGCUAGCGAAGGCGUUUGUGGGUUUAGGAAAUAUUACUGUAAUUAGGAAAUUAAUUCAUCAUUAACAAGUGUUCAGACAAAUAUCUCGAGCUUCUUGCUCUUCUUGCAGUUGUCGUUGACCAUCUUCAAAACUCUAGAUCCAGGGAAUUCAAUACUAAGGAUCAGAUCA